UGUCAAGAAGAAUUGUUUAUUUUCCGUUUUGUAGCACUCCCAUAACCUCUUAGAUCCAGAUCUAGGAAUUUGUCUAGGAUAUAAAACAGAUAGCAUAACAUAACUGAACGUAGGCUUAUAAAGUAGUAACACUUAAUCAUAUAAAAUGUCAGUAUCACAACUUGUUACUGAAGCAAGAGUCAAGGAAAUUUUAGAAACUGUUGAUUAUUUUCUUUUUGAUUGUGAUGGUGUAUUGUGGGAUGGCAAUGGAGUCAUAGAAGGAAGUGUAGAAACAAUUAAAAAGUUGAAAAGUUUGGGUAAAAAGGUUUACUAUGUAACUAACAACAGCUCCAAGUCUCGUCAGGACUAUCUAGAGAAGUGUAAAGAAUGUGGUUUUCCUGCUGAAUUGGAUGAUAUUGUGUGCACUGCUUAUGCUGCAGCUCAGUACUUGAAAAACAUUGGCUUCAAAAACAAAGUUUAUCUCGUGGGAAAGGAUGAGUCCAUGGGCACUGAAUUGAAGGAUGCAGGCAUUCAAUAUUUUGGUCCUGGGCCAGAUCUCUUGAAUGGAGCUAGCUAUGAGGAGUGGUUUAAAAAUACUGUUUUAGAUUCAGAGGUGAAAUGUGUGGUAGUUGGGUUUGACCCACACAUUAGUUACAUGAAAAUAAUGAAAGCAGCCAGUUACUUGAGAAAUCCAGACUGUAUAUUUAUUGGCACCAAUGAAGACAGGUCACUCCCUGCCAAAGACAAAGAUAUAGUCAUACCAGGGACUGGUUGUAUGGUCCUACCAGUUGCAUUAGCCGCCAACAGACGGCCGAUAUUAAUGGGCAAACCUGAAACGAACAUGUUUGAUCUGCUGAAGAAAGUUCGGAACAUUGACCCCUCGAGAUGUUUAAUGACUGGGGACAGCAUAAGUACAGAUAUUGUGUUUGCUAAGAACUGUGGAGUCCGUUCUAUGCUUGUGCUUUCUGGCAUGUCCACUGAGGAUGACCUAAUCACAGCCAAUGGGAAAGGAAGCAAUGCUGACCCAAAGAAACAGCCUGAUGUUUAUGCCCAGAAACUGUCAGAGUUUGGGAAAUUUAUAUGACUGUGAUAGUUUUUUAGGUAAUUUACUGUUGACUCUAUUCCAAUCUAAAUAAUAGUUAUAUUUAUUCCUGCAUUUCAUCAAAAUCUAACCUUUACAAUAAGAUGUAAAUUAAUGGUUAUUUUAGUACAACAUUGUACAUGAUCAUAAAUAAGGCGUUAUAAAUACUUUAAAUUUUUUUUCUGCAUGAUGGCUUGUGAUACUGACAUUUUAUAACUGAAGGAGAUUUCUGACCAAUUGGUCAGAAUUGUUAGUAGUUCCUUCAUGCCCCAAAAAAACCCAACUAUUUUUAAAAUAACUGGUGCAGUAUUACUAUUUUUAUGAUCUGUAUUUAUUUCUUUUGUUAGAUACUAUGCAUUUACUUCUGACCAUUCUUUAAUUUAUUAACAUCAACAUAUUCAUCUACAGUAUAUUUUAAUGAGAAUACCGAUUAAAAAAAUCUGGUUAUCAAACAAUAAAAGCUGAGUUGUUUUUUUUU